AUGUACUUCCCUGUCUCCCUCUGCCUAGCUCUACUAGUGGAGCUUUCUGGUUUGGUAGCAGCAAAAAGCGACCAGAAACAGUGUUUGAUCAAGAGCAGCGGGAGCAAUGCGACGGAUGACGCUCCAGCCAUCUUGGAGGCAUUUCACAAAUGUGGUCGAAAUGGGAGGGUUAUCUUUGAGCCCACCACAUAUUAUGUGAACUCUAUUAUGAAUAUUUCAUGGCUUGAGAAUGUUGAUAUCGAGAUUCAUGGAAAGCUCCUGACAUUCUAUAUUGGUAACAAUGUCCGGAUUAACGGUUACGGGAAAGGCAACUUGGAUGGCAAUGGGGACUAUUGGUAUCAAUGGAUCAGAAAGCAGCCCAACACAUCCAAUUACCCGGGUCGGCCGCACGCCGUGACAUUUAACGGGCUCAAAAACUCGGUGAUCAAUGGCCUUACAUUUUUGAGAAGCCAGAUGUGGACAAUGUCAAUAAUCAACUCCCAUCAUGUGCUUCUCGACAAUAUUAUGGUCAACAAUACUGGAAAUUGGGCUCAAAGCUCCAACACCGAUGGUGCGGAUACUAUCUAUUCAUCCCAUAUCACGUUCAACAAUUGGACUGUCUACAACGGCGAUGACAGUAUUUCCCUCAAGGCUAAUAGCACUGAUAUUGCCAUUGCUAACAGCAAAUUUUAUAAUGGGCUUGGCAUUGCGAUUGGUAGUAUUGGGCAGUACAAUGACCAAUUCGAAACCAUCGAAAGAUUGGCAAUUCAAAACGUUCAAUAUGAGAACACACUACACGCUUUUUAUGUCAAAACCUGGACGGACGACCAGAACGGCUACCCACCAAACGGAGGCGGCGGCGGACUUGGAUUCGCCCUCACUUCAAGAUUUGGCGGUUGUUUCAAACAUCUUGCUAAUGAAUGUCUCUCAGUCGCAUCUGACCUGACGCUCAGAAACCUGACGGCAACAGGACUUCGCGGGGCGGCGUUUGCGAUAUCGCAGUGCACAAGAUUUUCGGGCGCACCGGGUCAAGGAAACUGUACUAAUUCCCAAUUCCAAAUUAGGAAUGUAGCGAUCGAAGGUCUUUCUGGCACCAGCAAAUCAGCAAAGGUGGCAAGCCUGCAGUGCAGUGGAGUGGCCCCAUGCACAGAUAUCAACAUCUCAGACACAAGUUUGCAUCUCGAAAAUGGGACUUUGGCAGCUAGUUACCUCUGUGGAAAUGUGGAAAAUCCAAUAGGGUUUAAAUGCACAGGAACCCCUUGUGUGGGUGGGAGUGCGACUGGGGAAUGCUAG